AGUUGCCCGGCACUCAGGACUGACACAAAUCUGCGACAACUACACUGCCUUAGAUCCUUGUAUUCGACUAGUUUGAUCUAGAAGGUUUAAUCUCCUUGGUUUGGCAAAAUCUUCUGAUGGCGUCGGCAGUGUUCAGGCAAUGUUUCCACCGUGACUCGGCUGGUUUCUUGUGGUGCGAAGGAGUUCGGGUGAAGUCACUCCAGGAAGACCUGUCAAGAAGACUUCCACGCCCCUCGUGCAGCCCUUUUUACCUGUACAGCCUCGCACAGGUGCGCCACAACGUCUCAAGGUACAAGGAAGCGCUCAAGACGUUGCCGAACCCGCACAUCUUGGGAUAUUCUCUCAAGGCGAACGGGAACUUGGAGAUCUUGAAGGAGCUGAGAGGCAUGGGGUGCGGGGCGGUGACCGUUAGUGGGAACGAGAUCAGGCUGGCUCUGGCAGCGGGGUUCAAGCCGGACAGUAUUGUGUACAACGGUAACGGCAAACAGGAUUGGGAGUUAGAGCUGGCUGUGAAAGUGAACUGUCUAAUCAACGUGGACUCGGACUUCGACUUGCGCCAUGUACGGAGCGCUGCCGAGGCCGUCCGCCAGAGGGCGCGCGUGCUCAUCAGAAUCAAUCCCGACAUCGAUCCUAAAGUGCAUCCCUAUAACUCCACUGGUCUGGCCAGCAGUAAGUUUGGUCUGGAGUGCAGCCAGCUGCCUGGUCUGCUGCAGCAGGUGCGCAGGUGGCCGGAACAGCUGCAGCUGGUGGGACUGCACUGCCACCUGGGGUCCACCAUCACAGAUGUCUCUCUGUUCAGGGAUGUAGUUUCUGUAGUGUCUGCUGAGAUGGCAUCAGUCAGGUCUCAGGGCUUCAACGAUCUGCAGUACCUCAACAUGGGAGGGGGACUGGGCAUCAACUAUCUACGACAGGAAGACAGUAACAACCCCUCCCCAGGUGACUUGGUAUCUUCCAUCCGUGAUGCGCUGACAGACAAAAACAUCUGCCUCAUCUUGGAGCCUGGACGGUCCAUCAUAGGGGAUGCCGCCAUCUUGGUCACCAAGGUCAUAGGGGUCAAGAGUAAUGGAGAGAAAAGAUUUGUGGUGACAGAUGGGUCCAUGACAGAAGUGAUCCGACCCAGUCUGUACUCAGCCUACCACCACAUCCAGCUCACAGAACCCUCACAGGCAGAAGACCACACAGAACAGGUGUGUGACAUUGUGGGACCAGUGUGCGAGUGUGGAGACUUUCUGGGGAAAGACCGGACCAUACCAACCCCCCAUGAGGGGUGUGGGCUGGCAGUGUUUGAUGUUGGUGCCUACUGUUCAUCCAUGGCAUCCAACUACAACAUGAGGAUCCGUCCAGCUGAGGUCCUGGUGGACAGGUCGACCUGGCGGGUCAUCCGACGGCCGGAGACACUGGACGACAUGACCAGAGGGUACACUGGUCUGACUCAGGACAGCUUCACCAUUCACGACUGACCAAUACCUCAAUUCUCCUUUCCUUUAGUGCCUCACUUAGCCAAUCAUUUAACAGGGCAUUAUAUAAACUUUUU